AUGGCUGACGCAGCAGUCGAGAAUCCAGUCAAUACGCUUGCGCCUCACAGGAAGGUUGUGGCAGCAGACUCAAUACCAGACAUUGCCUCACUCGAAGGUGGUGACAGGGACAACAACGACGAAUAUGCAACCUUGAAACGAUUACAACGACAUCUCGAGUACAUCAAUUUGCAGGAAGAGUACAUCAAAGACGAGCAGCGAUCGCUAAAACGGGAAUUGGUCAGAGCACAGGAAGAAAUCAAGCGAAUACAAAGUGUGCCUUUAGUCAUUGGACAAUUCAUGGAAGCCAUCGACCAAAACACUGGUAUCGUACAGUCGUCGACAGGCUCAAACUAUGUGGUUCGGAUUCUAUCUACCCUCGAUCGAGAAAAGUUGAAACCCUCGUCCUCCGUCGCCCUCCACCGACAUUCGAACUCUCUCGUAGAUAUCCUGCCACCAGAAGCAGACUCGUCUAUUGCUAUGUUGGGGGCUGAUGAAAAGCCGGAUGUCACAUAUGCCGACGUUGGUGGAUUGGACAUGCAGAAACAAGAGAUAAGAGAGGCUGUCGAAUUACCAUUGACACAGUUCGAUCUCUACAAACAGAUCGGCAUAGACCCUCCUCGCGGUGUACUGCUCUAUGGUCCACCAGGUACUGGAAAGACUAUGUUGGUCAAGGCUGUUGCAAAUAGCACAACCGCCUCAUUUAUCAGAGUCGUUGGCUCGGAGUUCGUACAGAAAUACCUGGGCGAGGGUCCUCGAAUGGUCAGAGACGUCUUUCGCAUGGCUCGAGAGAACUCACCGUCAAUCAUCUUUAUUGACGAGAUCGACGCCAUCGCCACCAAGCGUUUUGACGCUCAGACCGGUGCUGAUAGGGAGGUACAACGUAUCCUGCUGGAGCUACUGAAUCAGAUGGACGGCUUCGAUCAAACGAGUAACGUCAAGGUCAUAAUGGCGACCAAUCGAGCAGACACGUUAGAUCCUGCUUUGUUACGUCCAGGUCGUCUUGAUCGAAAGAUCGAGUUUCCCAACCUGCGAGAUCGCCGAGAACGACGAUUGAUCUUUUCCACCAUUGCAAGCAAGAUGUCUUUAUCGCCAGAGGUUGACCUGGAUUCAUUGAUUGUUCGGAACGAUCCUCUUUCUGGAGCCAUCAUUGCCGCAAUCAUGCAGGAGGCCGGUUUAAGAGCAGUCCGAAAGAACAGAUACAACAUCAUCCAGGCCGACUUGGAAGAAGCAUAUUCCGCUCAAGUGAAGGGCGCACAGGAAAAGGACAAGUUUGACUUCUACAAAUAG